GUAGAAGACUGCGAGCAACAGAGGAAAAGCGAUGCCAACUUCUAUCAUGGUAUUUAUGUCCGUCUCCGUCUGAGUAUAGUGAAACUUUGAGACUAACUCAGUUUCUUGGUUGGGUUGGGUUCCGCCAUUUUUUAUGGUUUCAUCUCAGCAAAGCCUCGCAUGCUAGAAAAUGGAGGCUACUUUACUCUUUCUCUCCUUUCUCACGUUUAUACUCUCAUUCCCACUCCAUUCACCUUUUUCUUCUGCUCAGAUUAUGCAAGGUUUUGUAAGUUUGGACUGUGGAGGUACAACAGAAUUCACUGAUGAAAUUGAUCUUCGGUGGACUCCUGAUAAUAAGCUUACUUAUGGACAAACAAGUACUAUAUCAGUUGCAAAUGAGACACGGAAGCAAUACACGACACUCAGACACUUUCCUGCUGAUUCGAGGAAAUACUGUUACACACUUGAUGUUGUGAGUAGGACGAGGUAUCUGCUCAGGGCCUCUUUCUUGUAUGGGAACUUUGACAAUAAUAAUGUUUAUCCAAAAUUUGACAUUUCUGUUGGGGCUACACACUGGUCUACCAUUGUUAUAUCGGAUGCCAACAGCAUAGAAAUGCGAGAGCUUAUAUUUCUGGCUUCAAGUCCUACAGUGAGUGUUUGUUUAUCAAAUGCAACAACCGGACAACCAUUCAUCUCUACGCUUGAACUUCGCCAAUUCAAUGGUUCAGUUUAUUAUACACAAUUUGAGGAACACUUUUACCUUAGUGUCUCUGCAAGGAUAAAUUUUGGUGCAGAGAAUGAUGCUCCAAUUAGGUAUCCUGAUGACCCCUUUGAUAGAAUUUGGGAGUCGGAUUCUAUAAAGAAAGCUAAUUAUCUUGUUGAUGUAGCUGCUGGAACCGAAAAAAUUUCUACAGAAGCACCAAUUGAUGUGAACAGAGAUGAAAUGCCACCAGUGAAAGUGAUGCAGACAGCUGUAGUGGGUACUAAUGGAUCUCUAACUUACCGAUUAAACUUGGAUGGUUUUCCUGGUACUGGUUGGGCAUUCACCUAUUUUGCUGAGAUUGAAGAUCUGGGUCCCAAUGAGUCCAGAAAAUUCAGGCUAGUACUUCCAGGCCAGCCUGAUGUUAGUAAGGCAGUUGUAAAUAUUGAAGAAAACGCUCAAGGGAAAUAUCGUCUUUAUGAACCAGGAUAUACCAAUAUAUCCCUACCUUUUGUGCUCUCGUUUAGAUUUGGCAAGACAUAUGAUUCCUCUAGGGGACCUCUCCUAAACGCCAUGGAGAUAAACAUGUAUUUGGAGAAAAAUGAUGGUUCUCUAGAUGGAGCAACUAUCUCCAGCAUACUUUCGCACUACUCUGAAGCAGACUGGGCCAAAGAAGGUGGUGAUCCAUGUCUACCUGUUCCAUGGUCAUGGGUUCGAUGUAACUCUGAUCCACAACCAAGAAUAGUCUCAAUCUUGUUAUCCAAUAGAAAUUUGACUGGCAAUAUUCCUUUGGAUAUCACCAAAUUGGUUGGUUUGGUUGAACUAUGGCUUGAUGGAAAUAUGUUGACUGGUCCAUUACCUGAUUUUAUUGGGUGCAUGGACUUAAAGAUCAUUCAUCUAGAAAACAAUCAAUUGACCGGUGUGCUCCCAACUUCUUUAGUGAACCUUCCAAACUUGAGGGAACUGUAUGUGCAAAAUAACUUGUUAUCUGGAACAAUACCAUCAGAUCUUCUUAGUAAGGAUUUGGUUUUGAACUACUCUGGAAACCUCAAUCUUCACAAAGAAAGCAAAAUAAAGGGGCAUAUGUACGUAAUUAUUGGUUCAUCAGUUGGGGCUUCUGUUCUACUUUUGGCUACUGUUAUAUCUUGCCUGUAUAUGCGCAAAGGCAAGAGAAAAUAUUAUCAGCAAGACCGAGCUGAUUCUCUCCCUGCUCAAAGGCUGGCUUCUUGGAAGAACGAUGAUCCUGCAGAAGCUGCUCACUGCUUCAGUUUUUCUGAAAUUGAAAAUGCUACAAAUAACUUCGAGAAAAAAAUUGGUGCCGGUGGUUUUGGAGUUGUCUACUACGGGAAGCUAAAAGAUGGAAAAGAGAUAGCAGUUAAAGUUUUAACCAGUAAUUCCUAUCAAGGCAAGCGAGAGUUCUCGAAUGAGGUAACUCUUCUUUCAAGAAUACACCACAGAAAUUUGGUACAGCUGCUUGGUUAUUGUCGAGAUGAAGAGAAUAGUAUGCUUGUCUAUGAGUUCAUGCAUAAUGGCACUCUCAAAGAACAUCUUUAUGGUCCAUUAGCCAAUGGAAGAAGCAUCAACUGGAUUAAGCGUCUUGAGAUUGCUGAAGAUGCUGCCAAAGGUAUUGAAUAUCUUCAUACGGGUUGUGUUCCUGUCGUUAUUCAUAGAGACUUAAAAAGCAGCAAUAUUCUUCUCGACAAGCACAUGAAAGCCAAGGUUUCUGAUUUCGGUCUUUCAAAACUUGCUGUUGAUGGAGUCUCACAUGUUUCAAGCAUAGUUCGGGGAACAGUAGGAUAUCUUGAUCCUGAGUACUAUAUUUCCCAACAGCUGACAGACAAGAGUGAUGUUUAUAGUUUUGGUGUAAUUCUCCUUGAACUAAUGUCUGGUCAAGAAGCAAUAUCAAAUGAAAGCUUUGGUCUAAAUUGCCGAAACAUAGUCCAAUGGGCAAAAUUACACAUUGAGAGUGGAGAUAUACAAGGUAUUAUUGAUCCCUUUUUGCAGAAUGAUUAUGACCUACAAUCAAUGUGGAAAAUAGCAGAGAAAGCAUUGAUGUGUGUUCAGCCUCAUGGACAUAUGCGGCCAUCAAUUUCAGAAGUUCUAAAGGAGAUCCAAGAUGCCAUAUCUAUUGAAAGACAGGCAGAAGCAUUAAGAGAAGGGAACUCAGAUGACAUGUCCAAAAAUUCUUUUCAGUCUUCCUUGAACAUGGGUUCUAUGGAUCUAGUUGGAGCUGAGAGUUUCUUGUCAAUUGAUGAAUCAGUUGCACAGCCAACAGCAAGAUAGAUAUCUUUUGUAGACAAAAUCAAGUUUUUCUUUUGUUAAUUCUCGCCGUAUGAUUUUAUCUUUUUUCUCUCUUUCAUUCAAUGUCUGAUUGUGGAGAGGGAUUGUCCUUAUGUGGUUGGUUUAAUGAUUGGUGCACCCUACCAACCAAACGAACAGUCUUUGUAUACUGCAGUUCUUGUGUUCCAUAUGUAUACUGCAGUUGAUUUUAUUUUCCCCAAUUUGACAAUUUGAAUUUGUUUUAUUAUUGCAGAAGUUCAAGUUUAGAAAUUUUUAAAUUAUAUAAAUGUAAAACUCGACUUUUCUUUUUCUGGACCA